CGCGGCCGGGACCUCCGGGUCGCGCGGCGUUCCGGAGCGGCCGGGAGCGCGGGGAGGUGCCGGCGGAGGCUCGCGGGAGGUGGCUCGGGGGCUGGCGCGGAAGUCGGGGCGCGGGAGCCGCAGGCAUGCUGCGUCCCAAGGCUUUGACCCAGGUGUUGAGCCAGGCCAACACAGGGGGCGUCCAGAGCACGCUGCUGCUGAAUAACGAGGGCUCUCUGCUGGCCUACACCGGCUACGGGGACACGGACGCGCGGGUCACCGCGGCCAUCGCCAGCAACAUCUGGGCCGCCUACGACCGGAACGGGAACCAAGCCUUUAAUGAAGACAAUCUCAAGUUCAUCCUCAUGGACUGCAUGGAGGGCCGUGUAGCCAUCACGCGGGUGGCCAACCUUCUGCUGUGUAUGUACGCCAAGGAGACCGUGGGCUUCGGGAUGCUCAAGGCCAAGGCCCAGGCUCUGGUGCAGUACCUGGAGGAGCCCCUCACCCAAGUAGCCGCGUCCUAGUGAGCCGCCUCGGCUGCAGCUGCGGGUCAGGAAAGAUCAGUGACCAUUCGGAGGGCCGGGGCUCUCUGGGGAAACCUUUCCGGGCUGUGCGGGGAGGCUGAGACUUUUUUCCAAGAAUAAACUUGAACUCCU